CACUACUAGAUUGCUUUUAUCCAUGCUAAAGAAAAUGGCUUCUAAAUCCAUUCUUUUUCUAGGCAUUUUUCUUGUGGUGGCCACUAAUGUUUUUUCGAAUGAUGAUGAAGAUCUGAAUAUAGUGGUGAACUAUGCAAAUCCUUCGGCUGUUUCUAUUGCAGCCGCCAAAGCACCUCCACAAGCCAAAGCACCCACUCAACCACCACCAUCUCAGCCAUCAGUUACUCCACUAGCUCCAUCACCAACUUCAAUAGUCAAAUCACCUAAGGAUUGUAUUCCACUAUGUUUCCAAAGGUGCAAAUUCCAUUUAUUGAAGAGAUUGUGUGUGAGAUCAUGCAUGAUCUGUUGUGAUCGCUGUAAAUGUGUCCCUCCAGGACAUUAUGGUAACAGAAAAGCAUGUGGUAAAUGUUACUCAGAUAUGAAAACUCUUCGCAACAGAUUCAGGUGUCCAUAGAUACACACACAUAUACACCUACUUAAGCUUAUGUAUAAUGUUUAAAAUUGCUGAUUUAUUAAAUAAAUUAUUGAUCAGCAUUAUAUUAAACCAGCAUUAAAAUUGCUUGUUUAAAAGUGUAUUAUGAUCCUUGUGAUCCAAGAAUUAUGAUUAUGAAUUUAUAUAUUGAAAUUAAAUGGUAUUGACAU